AUGGUCACUCCUAGCGAUCCGAAUGGCCAGCAGUUUACUUUGCCCGGGCAGGCACCUUUGGCACACGUCUUGCCAAGCUUUGUCUGGCCCGGUGCCUCGUUCCUGGUAUUUAUGGAGAAUGUUGCCGACAGCUCGCAAUCUCGCGUCAAGAUGGUGAACGACACUGUGGAGUGUGACUCGUCAGCCUACUCCGAGGCAGUUCCCGUGGUGCAGAACAUGUCCGGCAUUGAGCAACCCAUCCGGGCCUACUUGACUGCGAACCCGUUCAAGCGCAUGUUCUGCUUCUUCGAGUUGCCGACAUCCCUGCCAGUGGCCGUGAACGAAGUUCUACCCAGUCUGUCCCUGAUCGUAGAUGACGCCUUCAUUGAACACAUGAUGCUUGGCUGGAGCCGGGGCUUAGCUUCGAACUUGAUCCUCUACGACGUGGCACCUGGAGAGCUGGCACAGGCUUUCCUGGUGGAGGAAGUGGCAGGGAGUCACAAGCACUUUUUGCGGGCCAGAUCUUUCCCACCCCAUGCUGGCCUCUUAGCUCCGCAGACCGCAGCGAGCUACAUUCAACGAACUGCGGCAGCCCCCUUGAAGGCAGUCUCUGUUCUGCCGAGCCCGGUGAAUGGAGCUACUCACUUCGUGGGUGUCUCGGUCGCAGAGGACGAGACACAGCUAGGCAUCGGGGCUAAGUAUGUGCUUUGCUACGUGGGCUCCUCCUCUGACACAACUCGGGUCUUCAACCAAAUCGGGCGUAGUCUGAGCAUCAUGGACAUCAUCUUGUCUUUGGACAAGGAAGCACGGCCACUGGGAGAUGAGGCUGCUACUUCGAAGGAGAUCAACGCCAUGGUUCAGGCUUCGUUGACGGGUGCAGUCAGCUGCAUCGCCACGACUCGUACCUUCGACCGUGCGCUGGUGGCUGCAGAACUUGCGGGUGACUACGCGACCAGCAUGCCGCCGGACUUUGUGCCGGUGUUCGAGGAAGCCCAGGUUCUGGGCAGAGCCCUGGACGUACCAGUGCCUCGGGCAUGGACAUGUGGGUCACUGUGGGUCCGAAUCGAAGCCAGCCUGCAGAGUGCAGCGAGCAUUCAACGGAUGCCUUUGGGAGUUGCCCCGCAGGUCUACGUUUGGUGCAAGCACUCCAAGUCCCAGGUGGUAUUCCCCGAGGACGGUAACGGCGUUGCCAUCAGCCUCGGGGUUCUUGCGGCACCCAACUUUGGGUAUGUGUCCCUGGGCAGCCCUUUGACACAGGUGGUGCUUGCGCGCAAUGUGUCCUUCCCGACGCUUGCGGUGCUCUGGUCGGAGCUCGGCUUCCCAGCCUACUACUACGACGAGGUCGCAUUCACUAUCACGCCGACGCUUCCAGAUGGCCUCGACAUCAGCGCGCAGAAUGGGGACUUACUGGCUGUCUUUGAAGCUUGA